CUUCUUGUUGGCUAAGCGAAGGCAUGACCCAUUAGCAUAUUUAUGCCUGGCCCCCACAAGAGCAAUGUUCCAUGUAGGCAGGGCUCCUUUUGGGAGAAGCAGCUCCUUCCACCUCCCACCAUCCAGUCGGCUUCUGCAUCUGCCUCUGUGGGCAGCCCUGGGAGGACGAAGUCACUAGAAAGCAUGUCCUUCGUGCACAGCAUUAUUAGCAUCAUAAUAAUUCUGGCGGGAGCAAUUGCACUCAUCAUCGGCUUUGGCAUUUCAGGGAGACACUCCAUUACUGUCACUACUCUGACCUCAGCCGGGAACAUUGGUGAGGAUGGGAUCCUGAGCUGCACAUUUGAACCUGACAUCAAGCUCAGUGACAUCGUGAUACAGUGGCUAAAGGAAGGCGUCAUGGGCAUGGUCCAUGAGUUCAAAGAGGGCAAGGAUGAUCUGUCCCAUCAAGAUGACACGUUUAAGGGCCGCACAGCAGUGUUUGCAGAUCAAGUGAUAGUUGGCAAUGCUUCUCUAAAGCUGAAAAAUGUUCAGUUAACAGAUGCUGGCACCUACAAAUGCUACAUCAUCACCUCAAAGGGCAAGGGAAAUGCCAAACUGGAAUAUAAAACUGGAGCCUUCAGCAUCCCAGAUGUCAAUGUGGACUACAAUGCCAGUUCAGAAAGUCUGCGCUGUGAGGCUCCCCGCUGGUUCCCCCAACCCACUGUGGCCUGGGCCUCUCAGGUUGACCAGGGAGCCAACUUUUCUGAAGUUUCCAACACCAGCUUUGAGCUGAAUUCUGAGAAUGUGACCAUGAAGGUGGUGUCUGUGCUCUACAAUGUCACUGUCAACAACACAUACUCCUGCACGAUUGAGAAUGACAUUGCCAAAGCCACAGGGGAUAUCAAAGUGACAGAGUCCCCAAAACCUCUUGGACUGUUUCACACCUUGAAGACAUGAUUUUUUUUAACAUGCUGCUUCUUUUUCUUGAGGGUAAAUGCCUUAACUUCUGGAAAUCUGGACUGAAUGAAUAAGAUUAAGAGGCCAAAAAGAAAUAAAGAGCAACUCAUAAAACACACCAGCAUAUAGACAAUUAACCCAUCUUCCUAGAAAAAGGUUCAUAACUCGGAAAAUGAUUCAUCUGAAAUAGAGAGCCAUCUCAGUGCCUUUCUAUGACUAUCUGGACACAAUGGAUUUCCUGCCAACAUUGCCCUCCUCUGCCUCUUGCCACGUCAGGGACAGACCUCUCCCCUCAUAAUUCCUGGAUGGCCACUGGCAUUUAGGGCAACUCUAAAGAUGCUCUAAGUUUCACUUCAAAUGUCCAUUAUAAUCCUGAGCUUCUUGAACUGCCCACAAUGCAGCAUGGCCCUAGCCCCGAAGGGGCUGUAUUUCAGUGGUGGGUCAAAUAUCCCAGAGUGCUUUGUUGUCCUCUUCCUACUUGUGGAGCCCCAAUGAAAUGUAAGAUACUUUCCUUCGCUGACGCACAGAAUUAUUUAGGUGCUCCCCCCCCCACAAUAGUCCUUAGACCCCCAGGAUUUAGAACGAGAAGAGACCUCAGAAAUCACCCAGUCCAAGUUCUUCACUUGAUAAAUGAGGAAAGAAAGCCCCAGAAGGGGAGUCACUUGCCUGAGGUGACACAGGGCUGGGCCUGAAGCCCAGGUCUUGGUCUGCCACAAAAGAGAGGCCUAGCUCUCUUUUCAUGACCCCAGGGCUACCUCCUAUUCCAUUCUGCUGCUUUCGGGGACUCGACUUCUCUGCUACAAAGAAAUUCAUCCUUACUGGCCCAGGGAAGGCGCUGACUGUGUUUGAUGUGAGGAGACCCUUAGGAUUGUGGCCUUCUUUGCUCUGUGAGCAGCUCUCGGCAGCACUCAGAGGAGAACAACCCCAGGAAAGAAGAGGGAAGCAGUACAGUUUCUCCACGGCUGAGGGAUGCCCAGUCCUCCACAUCUGGUGAUCGCACUGGUGCUAUCUCCAAGUGACCAGCAUCAAGAUGUAGACAAUGGCAAAGUCCUGGCAUCAUUCUAGCCCACUCUGGCUACUUAAAUUCCUAACGUCUUCCCUGCCUUUUAUUACAAACCAAGACCCUGCCCCAAGAAGGAGCUACUGCUGAGAAUCUCUGCCUUCGCCUCCCAGUUUGAUCCUCAGAAUCAAGCUUAGCACAAAAUGUAAUGAAAGGCAACACAAAUAUGCUUCCUGACAGAGGGAUCAGGCAGUGAGCCCUCAAGACCAGGACCUGGGGGUGAAGAGCUGUGGCCAGGGGAAUAUUUCUUUCUGGUUCCCUUCCUCCUUUACUGUGUUUUGUGUGUACUGAGUCAUCACUUCUCCACUGGAGGUCAUGGUUCAAGAUUCUAUUUCAAAUCUAUUGUAGGAAACUUGACUUUCAGAUUUCUCUGAGUUGUUAAAUUUACAUUUCCUGUGCCCAUUGUCUGCUGGCUAACCAGGCCAGAGAAACCAAGGGCAGGUGAAAGAAUUGACAGGGAGAUCUGAGAAGUGGGAGGGGGCUUUGAGUGCUUAUGGACAUGUGACUAUGUGAAGCCAUACAGCUUCCUGGGGAUCACUGGUUUAGAGGGCAGUACUGGGGAGGCAAAGAGGAGGAAAGUGGGCCCCCAGAGGAAAGCUGAUCAAUGAAAUCCCAGCAGAUCUGAUUCUGGAGGUAGGGAAGAACUCUGGACCUGUGGUGCAUGGGGGAAACUCCCAACAUUGAAACUUAAUUCCAGGACACAUCAGCAAGGCACUGGGAAGUUAAAUGGUUUGUCCAGAGUCACACAGCUGAUAGUGCCAGAGGCAGCCCUCGUACCCAGGUCUACCUAGUUACAAAGCCAGCCUUUUAUAUAUUAUGCCAUACUGGUUUUAUAAUCUUUACUAGUGAAGAGUCAAAUUCAUAGAAUGUUAACAUCAAAUAAGACCUUAUAGAUGACAGUCCAGAACUUGGAAGGACCUCAUAGGCCAGCAGAAUCCUCUCUUCUCCACUACCCAAAAAAAAAAGUCACUUGGCCUCAUCUGGCCCAAUUUAACACAUCCUGAAAUUUAAAAACUGGGGCCCAGAAAGAGUCAAUGACUGGUCUAAAACUAUAAAGUGAAUUAGUAGCCCACCCAAGACUACAAACUUGUAGAGUCCUGACUAAUUGUCUACUACUAAUUGUAGAGUCCUUACUAACAUAGUUUAGGGGUGGGGCACAAGGAACUUGCUAUUCUUCAGACUGCUGCACACCACAGCUUAAUGCCAGGCAAGUCCUUUGACAGCCAGGCCUUGGGGAACCAAGUAUGAGAAAGAUUCAGGUCCCCCUUUCCAACAAAUUCUACAUUAUACCCAUCAACAUUUAGUUACUGACCACACACCCAACUCCUCUAGUGAUACCUAUACAUCAUACAAGAUGAAGCAAAUGAUAGCCACUGGGAAAAGACCAACUCAGAUGCCCAAGUGUACUCUCCCUUUGCAAGGGAACAAACAAGUCAAACCUCAAGGUGAACUAUGAGCCUCCGGCUGCCCUUGGGUUGUGUGAAGGAUUGUUUUGAGAACACAUGGAGGUCUGUGCAUUGAGCCUGAAUGGGGUGGGGCCUUUUUUGUCUGAGGGGGUGAUUGUAUUUUGCAAUGUGUGAUGUGCUUUUGGCAUACUUAAGAACUAUGCAAUUCCCAGACUCCCUCUGGCUGCUUAAGAUUGCCAGCCAUUCAAUCAUCGCCCAACAAGACUGACUUUACUGCCUCCCCUCCAGUGGCAGUUUGCUUCCUCUUUGGAACUGGUCUUGGUUUGUAUUUUUCAUAUACAAAGCCCGAAUCCCCUAAUGGAGCAGCGACUGGGAAAUCCUAAGGGAAUCCCAGAGAAAGGAGCACGGCCUCUUUGUCCACUCUAAAUGCUGCCUUGUUCCCCCAGCCCCUACUUGAAGUCCCUCUCUUCCCUAGGUUCCACCCACUCUUCAAGGCCUUGGCAGCAGUCAGAAAAGUGCUAGCUAGAGGCCUGACUCUACAAUCUCCUUCUCUGUGACCGGGGACAAGUCAUUUCCUUGUUGGGUCCUAGUUUUCACCUUCGUAAAAUAAGGGGAUCAGACCAGAUGACUUCAAAGGUGUCCCUGCCAGCUUACACCUAUGUUUUGAAGUGCCUCCUCCUCCAUGAAGUUCCCUCCAACUGGUACAGCCCUCAUUGAUCUCCCCUCCUCUUGAAUUCUUAUUAAAGUUGUCUAUACCAAACAAUUUAAAA